AUGACACGAGAACAGUACAUACUAGCAACACAGCAAAAUAAUCUGCCAAGAACUGAAAACCCUCAACUUUAUCCAGUAGGAAUUUAUGGCUGGCGAAAGAGGUGCCUAUACUUCUUUGUCCUCUUGCUGUUGGUAACCAUGAUCGUUAACUUAGCAAUGACAAUCUGGAUACUAAAAGUUAUGAAUUUCACAGUGGAUGGAAUGGGCAAUCUGAGAGUCACCAAAAAGGGAAUUCGGCUCGAAGGUAUAUCUGAAUUUCUACUUCCAUUGUAUGUGAAAGAAAUCCAUUCCCGAAAGGAUAGCGCUCUGGUCUUACAGUCUGACAGGAAUGUUACAGUGAAUGCAAGAAAUCACAUGGGACAGUUAACAGGACAGCUGACUGUAGGAGCUGAUGCUGUAGAAGCCCAGUGUAAAAGAUUUGAAGUGAGCUCGAGUGAAGACGGGAGGGUGCUGUUCUCUGCCGACGAAGAAGAGAUUGUCAUUGGAGCUGACAGGCUGAAAGUAACAGGCACAGAAGGAGCAGUAUUUGAACACUCUGUGGAGACACCACAUAUCAGAGCAGAGCCUUCGCAAGAUCUCAAGCUCGAAUCACCAACUAGAUCGUUGAUAAUGGAAGCUCCCAGAGGAAUUCAAGUGAGUGCAGCAGUAGGUGACAUAAAGGCCACCUGCAGGAAAGAAUUACACUUGCAAUCCACAGACGGGGAGAUAUUUUUGAAUGCGAACUCAAUUCGACUAGGGAAUCUACCAGUGGGUUCAUUUUCCUCUCCUUCGUCACCAAGCUCAUCAACGACUCGCCAGACUAUCUAUGAGCUCUGUGUUUGUCCCAAUGGUAAACUUUACCUUUCCCCAGCAGGAGUGGGCUCCACAUGUCAGUCCAGUAGCAACAUCUGCUUGUGGAGCUGA